AUGGAUCCGUUGUGUCUUGGGGGACAUCCGCAGCUCCCACACCGUGCCGAGUCGGGUGCUGCGAUUCUGACAGAUGGGUCCAUUGUGAGCUGGGGCCACGAGAAGGAUUCAACCGCCGGCGACAGUAGCGCCCUUCAGGACCAACUUGGGAGCGUGCAACAUGUCCAAGCCACUAACUGCGCAUACGCCGCCAUCCUGGCCGACGGAUCCGUGGUAACUUGGGGCCAGAACCGUUUCGGAGGCAACAGCAGCGCGGUGCAGGCCAAGCUUAGGAAUGUGCGACACAUCCAGGCCGGACAUGCGAGUUUUGCCGCCACGUUGGCCUACGGAUCCGUUGUGACUUGGGGCCUUGAUUGCGCUGUUGGUGACGCGCUGGCGUUGUGGAGAGACGUGAGGUUCAGGCCACAGCGAGGGCCUUUGCAGCCGGGCUGA